AUGGCCACUCCCGAAGUUCACCACCUUUUCCACGCCCCAAUUGCUGACCAUUCCUUCUCUCCCGACAAGACAACUCUUGCAGUAGCCCGCGACAACAAUGUGGAGCUUUACCAGAAGUCAGGCAACAAGUUCUCCCUGACCGAUGAGCUGAAAGGCCACGAGAAGACCGUUACCAGUGUUGAUAUCGCACCGAACUCUGGCCGCAUUGUCACUUGCUCGCAAGACCGCAACGCAUACGUUUGGGAACAGACCGCCGCUGGCUGGAAGCCGACACUGGUGCUCCUCCGAAUCAAUAGGGCUGCGACAUUUGUGCGCUGGUCGCCGUCUGAGCAGAAAUUUGCCGUCGGGUCCGGCGCCCGUGUGAUCGCCGUAUGCUACUUCGAAGAGGAGAAUGACUGGUGGAUUUCGAAGCAUCUGAAGAAGCCGAUCCGGAGCACCAUCACAACCCUUGCUUGGCACCCGAACUCUGUACUCCUUGCUGCCGGAUCCACCGACUCGCACGCGAGGGUUCUCUCGAGCUUUAUCAAGGGUGUCGAUACCCGCCCUGAACCAAGUGCCUGGGGAGAGCGCCUGCCGUUCAAUACAAUUUGCGGUGAAUUCCUCAACGACUCUGCCGGAUGGAUUCACGGCGUGUCAUUCUCACCUAGCGGAGAUGCACUCGCCUUUACUGGGCAUGAUAGCAGCGUCACGGUCGUGUACCCCAGCGCUCCUGAGCAACCUCCCCGAGCGAUGUUGAACAUCUCCACCCGCUUGCUACCCUUUAAUAGCUUGGUUUGGAAUGGAGAGAAUGAGAUCAUUGCCGCCGGCCAUGACUGUGAGCCGUACCGCCUGCGCGGCGAUGAGAGUGGAUGGCAACUGGAAGGAAGCAUCGAAAGCAAGGCUGGGCCCGGAGCUGGCAGCGUUCGUGAAGAGUCUGCUCUGAACAUGUUCCGCCAGAUGGAUCUCAAAGGACAGACCCAGGCCGACACGCAGCUCAAGACGGUUCACCAGAACACCAUCAGCACUAUACGAGUGUACGAGGAUGUCAACGGCUCAGUGCAGAAACUUAGCACAAGUGGAGUUGACGGCCGGGUCGUGAUUUGGACUAUCUAG